AAGGGAGUGAGUAUUUACUAUAAAAAUUAGUAUAGUUCUUCUAUCCCUAUCCAGUCACAUUGCAUAAAUUAAAACAAUGUUAAAACAAAAUCCACAAUUAUUAUUUGUACCAUUGUUUGGUAAGCAAAGAAAAUUAAGUGCCACUUCAGAAUUCAAAGAAAUAACAAAAAAGGAUGCUCAAGCUCAACUUGCACAAGAGUUAGAAAAAUUAUUGAAAACUGCACCAAGUGUAGAAAGAGAGAAGGUAAUAGCUGAGUUUGAAGGCUUUCAAAGAUUAUUUGCAAAAUAUCUUCAAGGUACUGGACCAUCAAUUGAAUGGGAUAAAGUUGAAUCUUUAUCUAAAGAUGCUGUUCGUGAUUAUUCUAGUCUUGAAGAACCACACACUGACAAUAUCAGAGAAAUGCUAAAUAAGCUUGUAGUUGUAAAACUUAAUGGUGGAUUAGGAACAAGUAUGGGAUGUACUGGACCAAAAUCCAUUAUUCCUGUUAGAAAUGAUCUUACAUUUCUUGAUUUAACAGUACAGCAAAUUCAGUAUCUUAAUAAGACCUAUAAUGCUGACGUGCCUUUAGUUUUGAUGAAUUCCUUUAAUACAGAAGAAGAAACACAAAAGGUUUUAAGAAAAUAUAAGGGAUUUAAUAUAAAGAUAUAUACUUUUAUGCAAAGCAGGUAUCCACGAAUUAAUAAAGAAAGUCUUUUGCCUAUUGCAACAUCCUUAGAUGACUCAGAUCUUGAAGCAUGGUAUCCACCAGGACAUGGAGAUUUUUAUGAUGCAUUUAAUAAUUCUGGUUUACUUCAACAUUUCAUUGAUGAAGGAAGACAAUUUUGUUUUGUUUCUAAUAUUGAUAAUUUAGGUGCUACAGUUGAUAUAAAUAUAUUAAACUUUUUGUUAAAUCCUACAAAAGAACCACAUCCGGAAUUUCUGAUGGAAGUAACUGACAAAACAAAUGCAGAUGUAAAAGGAGGUACUCUCAUAAAUUAUGAAAGAAAAUUAAGGUUACUUGAAAUAGCACAAGUACCAAAAGAUCAUGUAGAUGAGUUUAAAAGUGUAAAAAAAUUCAAAAUUUUUAAUACAAAUAAUCUAUGGAUAAAUUUGCAAAGCAUAUCAACAUUAGUGAAAGAAGGGAGACUUGAUAUGGAGAUAAUAGUCAAUCAUAAGCAUUUAGAGCAUGGCUUAAAUGUUGUUCAAUUGGAAAGAGCAGCUGGUUCAGCUAUGAAAGAUUUUGAAGGAGCCAUUGGUAUAAAUGUUCCAAGAAGUCGUUUUCUUCCAGUUAAAAAAACUUCUGAUCUUCUGUUAGUAAUGAGUAAUUUAUAUCAUAUGAGUUAUGGUUCAUUGACAAUGAAUUCUUUGCGUGCAUUUCCUACUGUUCCUCUAGUUAAAUUAGGUGAUAAUCAUUUUUCAAAAGUAAGAGAAUUCUUGAGACGAUUUGCCAGUAUCCCAGAUAUGUUGGAAUUAGAUCAUUUAACUGUUUCUGGAGAUGUAACAUUUGGAAAAGGAGUUUCUUUAAAGGGUACUGUUAUUAUUAUUGCCAAUCAUGGAGAUAGAAUUGACAUCCCUCCAGGUGCAAUACUAGAAAACAAGAUAGUUUCUGGAAAUUUGAGAAUUCUUGAUCAUUAAACAUUAAAAACUGAAUCAUUAGAUUAUGAAACUGCCUAAUUUCUUGAAUGAAAUAAAACUGUGCCAUUAGAAUUUCUAGUCUAAAAAUCAUUGUUAUUUAAAAAUUUAUUGAUUUGGAAAUAAGAAUAUAGCAUUUAUAUGUAACAAAAUAUUUAGUUGAAAACUUCAGUUUUCAUACAGAGUAAAAAACUUGCAAACAAAAAAUUUUAACUGUUAAUAUUAAAUUGUAAGGUUAAUUAUAUAAAUAAGAUUUAUGAAAUAGAUAUGUAAAUUACAAUUUGUUUGAACUUAAAAUUUAUAAAAUGUUGUCCAAAAAACUUCAUAUUAGAUAAUUUUAAUUAUUAGAAAUCAAAAACAUUAACCCAAAUUUAUAUAGAAAUAUUUAAUAUUGCAACAUGAACUAGUUUUAUAUGUCUAACUUACAAAGCCAAUGAAGUACUUAUAUAUAUUUUAUUAAAGUGAUCUAGUCAAUAAUUUGCAGUUAAUAUUUUGUCUUUCAAUAUCUGUGGAAAGAUGAAUUAAUGAGAAAGCUUUGCAUUUUAGUUGAAAUUGUAAGAAUCAUGAACAUGAAUAAGACAAAGUAAUCAAAUAGAAUUAUAUUGACAGAUAGUUCAUGUACUGUACUUGUUUAGGUACUUAGAGAUUAUGGUUUAGAUUAAAUAUAUAAUUCAUUUGUAUUCAUUAUUAAUUUUACUGUAUUAAAACGUAUUAAUUUGCAGUAGAGAAUUAUUUUGCUUUUUUUAAAUAAUUCUGUGAAAUAUAAAAAAGCACAAAUCUUUUUGCCAUAUGUAGACUAAUAUCUUAAAAUAAAAAAAAUUAUUUUUUUUUGCA